AUGCGGUCGUCACUACAGAACAGCGAGCAAGAGGAUGAAGUCCCUCAGGAUCCGGCACCAAUACUCAGCGUUCUGUGUAGUCUUGUGGACGAAAUCGGUUCGUUGAGAACCGAAAACCGGCGGCUAAAAAUCCGACUCGCUCCACCUCCGUCGAGAUCUAAGAAUGUGGUUCAACGCGUGUCGGCAAUCUUUGACUCACACACAAGCAUUUUCCCACGCGCCUACGUCGUGCCGCUCAUGCCGAAAUUCGCACUGGAGCAAGGGAACGGCUAUCGACACCACCGAGGAAGUAAUGGCAGCAGUUCUCAAAUCGUUCAGGAUCCUCUUACAACAUCAUCGAUUUCAACCGACUUCUCACAGGCAUCAAGCAGGACGAGGGCACCGCCACUGGUCCAGCCAGAAAGUGAUAGCGAAGUUGAAGAUUAUCCGGUAAGGAAUUCUGAUCACUUUGAGCCUUUACCUUAUUUGGCGCAAAUCCGCUUGAAGGGAGGAGCAGGGCUGUGCAGUCUUGUGAACUGUAUAAUUGAGAAAUGA